CCAACGUGCUUAAAAAAACCCGAACUAAACUUGGGGAACUAAACCCCAAGGAACUAACCCCUGGGAACUAAUCUAAGGAAAUAAACCCCGCCACGGGACUAAACCCCACGGCCACGGCACUAAAGCCAUGCAGGGAACUAAACCCACGGCACUAAACCAAGGGCACUAAACCCAGGGAACUAAACCCCACGGCACUUAACCCAGGAAACUAAACCAACGUACGGAACUCCCACUCUUCUCCAGCCCUCCGUGCGGCAGCAGUCUGCUGGUCGCGUCGCUUCCCGUUUCUUAACUCCGCUCUGUGAGGAGCGAUCAGCAGCUCGUCUCCUGAGCUUCUCACCAUGCCCGGUUGGGAGGACUUUGGAUCCAGCCCCGCUACUCACGCCAGUUAGACGGAGUGAGGGGAUCUGAACUCUGAAGUGAUCUGAAGCGAUCUGAAGUGAUCUGAAGUGACCUGAAGCGGUCGUUAUUUCUUCACGAUGCCUGAGAUCUCCAAGAUGAAGAAGCCGGACGUGAAGGUGGUGAUCCUGGGGGACAUGAACGUGGGGAAGACCUCGCUGCUCCACCGGUACACGGAGCGGAAGUUCAGAGACACCAUCAGCACCGUCGGAGGGGCGUUCUACCUCAAGCAGUGGGGGCCCUACAACAUCUCCAUCUGGGACACGGCAGGCCGGGAGCAGUUCCACGGCCUGGGCUCCAUGUACUGCCGGGGCGCGGCCGCCGUCAUCCUGACCUACGACGUGACCAGCUGGCAGAGUCUGGCGGAGCUGGAGGAACGCUUCCUGUCGCUGACCGACACCGCCAACCACGACUGCAUCUACGCCAUCGUGGGCAACAAGGCCGACCUCACGGACCCCCGCGCCCAGCUGCCCGCAGACCCCCAGAGCCCCGCCGAGGGCGGCGAGCCCGGGACAGGGCCCCGGGUCCCCUCGGCCUGCCCCACCCCCCCAGCCUCCCCCCUCUCCCCCGGCUCCCCGCCCCAGCAGGUGGGCCGCGAGGAGGCGGCGGCGCUGUACGGCCGCGUGCUGCGCUACAAGGGGCUGGACGAGGGCAGCAGCCUGCCGGCCGACAGGAUGUGCUUCGAGACCAGCGCCCGGACGGGCUACAACGUGGACCUGCUGUUCGAGACGCUCUUCGACCUGGUUCUGCCCUCCAUCCUGAGGAAGAGGACGGAGAACCAGCGCUCGCCCACCGUUGACCUGGAGGACUACUGCGAGCCCCCCGGCAGGAGGAGGGGCUGCUGCUAGGGCAGCCCUACUGACACUGGACCCCGGGCGGACCUGGACCCCCGGGGGACCUGGACCCCCGGGGGACCUGGACCCCGGGCGGACCUGGACCCCCGGCGGACCUGGACCCCGGGCGGACCUGGACCCCGGGCGGACCUGGACCCCCGGGGGACCUGGACCCCGGGCGGACCUGGACCCCCGGCGGACCUGGACCCCCGGCGGACCUGGACCCCCGGCGGACCUGGACCCCGGGGGACCUGGACCCCGGGCGGAGCUGGACCCCCGGCGGACCUGGACCCCCGGCGGAGCUGGACCCCCGGCGGACCUGGACCCCCGGCGGACCUGGACCCCCGGCGGACCUGGACCCCCGGUGGACAUUGACCCCCAAGACCGCCUGCUGGGACGUGGUCCUUUAAUUUUUUUCUAGCCAAUCCACACACAUACACUUACACGUGCACGCACACACACACGCACACACAGUGCAGAGUUAUUUAAAAAAAAUCGAUAUUUAGAUGUCUAUCAACUGUUGAAGGGUGUGAAGGACCAGUCCACGUCGUGGGGGGUCUCUCUGGCUUCUGAACCCCCCCUGGGGACCAAAGGAGGGUUAGUGGGGGGAGGGAGGGGGGAGUUUAUUCUAAAGUAUAUUUGUUCCUACAAUGCAUGAAUGAGUGCACUAAUUGUUCUGUAGUUUCUUGGGUGGGUGUCGUCUGAAGUCCUGUUGCUUUGGAUGGACACAGGCUGACGUCAUUAUUAACUUAGGAGUUGAGACUCACAAUCUGCACUACUUGAUAAUUAUGCAUAUCCCUGUUUUGUAAGAUGCUAUGAUAAUAAAGAUUUCUAUUUUAAAAUAAUUGA